AAGGAAAAGAAAAUGAAAGCAGAGCGGCAGCGUAGGCCCCAGCCUCCAACCACCACCAUCCAUCUCCUCCUCCCCUCCCCCUGUCAGCCUCUCCCACUCGCAAAAUACUUUGCUUUCCAAGCAAGAACAUUCCAGUUUGGUUUGCUUUGGCUCUCACUCCUCUCACUGAUCUGUACUCUGUAGCAGCAGUUCCUCGGAGUCUCAAGGCAUGCCUCACACUGGCAGCAUCUCGUGAUCUGUCUCCCUUCUCCUCUCACAUUUCCCAACACCUGGAGUGCCGAGGUAGGAGUACAAGCACAGGCACCUACCUCUCUAGCAGGUUGCUUCCACAAUCUGGCCACAAUUAUUUGGAUUUUGGACCAGAAACUCAUGGAGAUCCUCUGCUCUAGCCUUCUGCUAGAGCUUGGCAGCCUCAGGCGGAUUGUCUGAGAUAGGAGUAGCUCAGAUUCACCCAGCGUUGGGGCUCAGCUUCUCUAUCCUUUCCUCCCCCUUUAGCCCAGCGGUGUUGGUUGUUGCUACUGUGCUUCUGUCUUCCAUGGCGGCAGUGGCGUCGUCUUCUCCUCCGGCGGCAAUUGUUGGGCCGCAGCCGACGUGGGUGCCCUAUGAGCCAACCAGGGACUGCUCCCAGGGCCUCUGCAGCAUGUACUGCCCGCAGUGGUGCUACUUCAUCUUCCCACCCCCGCCGCCGGCCUUCGACCUCGGCGGCGGCAGCGACGACUCCUCCGGCCCCACCUUCUCGCCCCUCGUCAUCGCCAUCAUCGGCGUGCUCGCCAGCGCCUUCCUCCUCGUCAGCUACUACACCAUCAUCUCCAAGUACUGCGGCACCUUCACUUCCCUGUGGAACAGGCUGUUCGGCUCCGGCAGGGGCCGUGGCCACGGCGGCGACGGCGGUGGCGGCGGCUCGCGGAGCCAGGAGCCGUGGAGCUCCGUGCCGCCGGACGGGCUGGACGAGACGCUGAUCAACAAGAUCACGGUGUGCAAGUACAAGCGCGGCGACGGGUUCGUGGACAGCACCGACUGCUCCGUCUGCCUCGGCGAGUUCCGCGACGGCGAGAGCCUCCGGCUGCUCCCCAAGUGCAGCCACGCUUUCCACCUGCCGUGCAUCGACACGUGGCUCAAGUCGCACUCCAACUGCCCGCUCUGCCGCUGCAACAUCACGUUCGUCACCGUCGGGGUGGUGUCGCCGGAGCCGGAGCCGGAGCGCCGCGGCACGCGGGAGGAGCACCGGAGAGACAACACCGAGCUGGUCCUGACCAUAGACGACUACUCGGAGCAGGCGCGCGACGAGCCCCAGAAUCAGAAUGCGGCCAGCGGCAACGGUGGCGGCGGCGGUGGAGGCAGCCAGGAGGCGCCGAAAGAUUGCCCGGGGAGAUCGGAGGAGGCCAGCGGCAUUGUCGAGAUCAGGGAGGACGGCGCGCCGCCGGUGAGGGCGUCGUCGUCACUGUCGGACACGCACCGCGAAGGCCGCAUGUCCAUCGCCGACGUGCUGCAGGCCAGCCUGGAGGACGAGCUGAUGAUGGCCCGGGAGAGCGGCCUUCUGGCAGGCUCCUCGGGAUCGUCAAGACGGUGCCACGGGGAGCACAGCAACAAGGACGGCGGCGGCGGCCGCAGCGGCCGCGCAUUGCCGGAUGCAGCGAAGAGAUUGCCGUCGGUGGGGAGGUCAUGCUUCAGCAGCAGGAGUGGCAGGGGAAAGGAUUCAGUUCUUCCAAUGUGAGGCCAUGGAUUCUCGGUGGUUCUUCUUCUGACUAGGAUACAUGACAUCGAUACUUUUUUUGUGUGCGUGUGCUUUCGGUGAAGAUCAAGGUGCCAACACCAAGAGUCCGCAGAUUUCAUCCUGUUUCGAUCGGUUCUUGUGAAUUGUGGUGGCACAGACUGCCGAAACCCUUCGUCUGCAAUGCUUGGUGAAUGGUGACUGGUGAGAUCUCCUCUCCUGCACCUGCUUGGUGUCUCUACUGGAUAAUUGUAUAGGGCUUGAAAAACUUCCCUUUUCCACCCCAAUUUCUUCCAUCUUGCUACUUCUCUCAUAACAUUGGAUUCUACACCAGAUAAUUCUCCCUGCAUUAGUGAGUUUUAAGUCUUAGGCCAAAGGGUUUCUCCAGGUGAGAAGUGAGUGAGUUUCAGCACUGGCGAUUACCUUUCUAGUAGUUGUCAAUUUAGAGCAAUCAUUUGCUGAUGUGCGUGUUGAACUUGGAAAAGGAAGCGUGACUCACUCUCCUGUCCUGAAUUAUUGUAUGAUUUGGUUACUCUCCGGAGGUGUUUGGUCUCGUUAGGUGACCAGUGCCUCGCUGCU